GUGUUUUGAAUGUUAAUCCUGAACGGAGAACACACACACACACACACACACACACACACACACCCCGGGCCCCCUGAGAUGACGCCAUCGCCGCCUCCACCUCCAGCUCACUCUCAGACCGACACCUGCAGGAGAAGGAGCAGAAAAUGGCCGACUCCACCAGCAGCAGCUUUGACUCUUCGUCGUCCUCCAACAACUCCUCGUCCUCCCUCAGAGACCUCACACACACAACCUUACAGCUCGUCCACUGGAAAGAACCCAAGAAGUCGGCGGCAGCGUUCGGCCUGUCGCUGCUGGUCCUCGUCUCCGUGGCGACGCUGUCAGUCAUCAGCGUGGUGUCCUACCUGCUGCUGGCCUUCCUCUCCGUCACCAUCACCUUCAGGAUUUACAAGUCAGUGAUCCAGGCCGUGCAGAAGUCCGAUGAAGGUCAUCCGUUCAGGUCUCUGCUGGAGAAGGACAUCUCUGUGUCCUCGGAGUCUGUGCGGCAGAUCGCUGAUCAGAGUCUGAUCCACCUGAACUGGUUCAGCUGUCAGGCCAGGAGGCUGCUGCUGGUUGAAGACCUGGUCGACUCUCUGAAGCUGGCUGCAGUCAUGUGGGUGUUGACCUACGUGGGUGCCGUCUUUAACGGAGUCUCCAUCUUGAUUCUCGCUGACGUCAUUUUCUUCACCACGCCGCUCAUCUACCAGAAGAAGAAGACUCAGAUUGAUCAACACGUCGAGUUGCUUCGAACCAAACUCGAGGAUUUUCUACAGAAGCUGCAGGACAGGUUACCUGGAGCUGUGAAGAGGACCAAAGUGGAGUGACCCCGCCCCCUUCUUCUGAUUGGUCCGUUUGUCACUGACUCAGCUGCUGAUUGGUCAAUAAAGUCCGGCUGAUGAAAAGCAA